CUUUACUUAUAGUUUGGCAAACAAUUCCUAGAGCCUGCAAUAUCAUACACUGUAGGAAAUUAAAGCUCAAAAAUGGCUAUUGGGUUAGUCUGUAAUACCAUCUUGAAGGCUUCUUCCUCACAUCAUCCCACCUCCAAUGAUCUAAUACCUCUCAACCUCUUUGACAAAGCAGCCUUUGAUAUCCAUGUCCCCAUCUUGUAUGCCUUCAGGGCACCAAUGCCAUCUAAUGAAGUCCUCAAGGAGGGACUCUCCAAAGCUCUUGUUCACUAUCCCCAGCUCGCAGGUCGGUUCAUAACUGACGAUCAUGGCCGCACUUGUAUCAUUCUAAACAACGCUGGUGUCCGAGUAAUUGAGACUUAUGUACCAACAUCCCUGGCCGAGCAGCUGCCCUUCACUCCAGCUUCGGAGGUGGAUAAGCUCCUCCCACCUUUAGACGGUGUCCAAGAAUUACUCCAAAUUCAGCUCAAUCGUUAUGCCUGUGGUGGUGUCGUCAUAGGCUUAACUUCACACCAUCGUGUUGCUGAUGGCCAGUCCAUGAGCUACUUCACCAUCUCCUGGGCAAGCCUAGUGCGUGGCCUCGACAUUGAAACGCUUCCCUAUCACGACCGAGCUGCUGUUUCUGUCCCAAGAAACCCACCCAAAGUGGAGUUCGAUCAUUCUUCCAUCGAGUUCCAAAAGAGCACUGCAUCGAACACUAAUAAUUUUUCAUCUUCCAUUGCCAAUUUGGUAGUCCACCUCUCAGCUGACUUCAUAACCAAGCUCAAAACCAAGGUAUGCCAAGGGCACCAACGCUUCAGCACUUUCGAAUGCCUUCUUUCACAUAUGUGGAAGAAGAUCACACAAGCACGUGGACUUGCACCGGACGAGUACACCCAGGUGAGGGUGGCGGUGAAUGGCCGAGCUCGGAUGAAGCCACCGGUGCCGAUGGAGUUCUUUGGCAACUUGGUGCUCUGGGCGUAUCCAAGGCUGGUAGUGAAAGAGUUGUUAAAUGAGAGUCAUGCCCACAUCGCUAAAGCAAUCCAUGAGGCUGUGGCUAAGGUUGACAACGAGUAUUUCCAUUCUUUCAUUGAUUUCGGAGAGUUAUCAAAGGAGAAAGAUGGAGAGUUGGUGGCAACAGCGCCUGACAUUGGAGACUCAUUGUGUCCCAACAUGGAGGUGGAUAGCUGGUUGAGGUUCCACUUCCAUGAUCUUGACUUUGGUGGUGGAGGGCCGUGUGCUUUUCUCCCUCCAGAUUUGCCUGUUGAAGGCUUACUAAUUUUUGUGCCUUCCUGCAAAGAGAAAGGAGCUGUGGAUGUGUUCCUUGCUCUCUUGCAUGAACACGUUGAACUCUUCAAACAAAUUUGCUACUCUCUGGAUUAGAGCUGCACAGGGAAGCUUAAGGCACCUCAGAUAUCUGAAGCUAGCUUUCCUUUUCUUCAUUGUUAUGUUUUUUUAUUUUUUUCCUGUUUUAUUUGACGCAAGUCAUAAUUAAUUUGUUAGGGUCUCAGAUACGGAGUACUCAUUUGAUUUGUAACAUCAACACGAAGAAGAUGAGAACUGUACUGGGUUAUUUCAUUAUUUGAAUAUUUAUAUAUACAAGAAGGCUUGACAAUCAAAGUUUAUAAGUAUAUAUGAA